CAUGCAAGAAGAAACUAACACAGUGCAAAACUCAUAACACAUAUGCAGGUGGUUCCUUUAGAACAACUGAAAUUAAGCAAUAUGGCUUGUGUUAGGCUUGCUCCUUUGGCUCUCUUCUUGCUUGCCACUUCCCCAGUAUUGUUCCGGAUGAAGAAAAUAGAAGCAGGUGGUAAUUGUUUGGAUAGUUUCUGUAAUUUGUCCGCAGACUGCGGCCUUGGUUGUACUUGUGUAUUUGGUGCUUGCAUCGGCGAUGGACUUGCAUCUGUUGCAAAGAUGGUGGAGGAACAUCCUAACUUGUGUCAAUCUCAUGAUGAAUGCGUGAAGAAAGGAAGUGGCAACUUCUGUGCUCGUUAUCUUAAUCCUCGUGUUGAUUAUGGCUUGUGUUUCGACUCUGAUUCUCAAGGGCUGAAAGAAUUCUUGGCAAUGCCCACAAUUGCCGAGUAAUAUAGGUAUAUAUGGCCGGUGAAAAUUGGUCAUAUAUCCAAAAUAAUGCAUCUACUACUUUUAAUAAAUAAAAGAUUAUGAUGCAUGUUCUACUUAUAAUAAAUAAAAGAUUAUGAUGCAUAUUCUACUUCAAAUAAAAGAG